AUGCGCAUGUACCUCAUGCCAAACAACCCCGAGCGGACGACCCUCGUGUCUGUAAACGGCAACGUGCACUACAAGGUGACGACAUCGCGCGCGCACUGCCUCGCGCCGCGCGUCCUCCACAUCCGCCGUCCCACCGACUGCGAGCGCGAGGGAUACGUCGCCGAGGUCGUCUGGCGCCGACUGGGCGGGCACCCGGUCGUGCGGAGCAACAUGUUCGAUGGUCGGCCGCUCGAAUUAGGGCUCCGCGAGUUCCUCUAUCAGACCAAUUCGUCGAACAUGGCGCGUAAUUUCCUGGGAAAUGACGGGCAAGAGUAUCGGUGGAAGUUGCAUCAGGGCGGCGGGCUUGCUCUCAUUCACUGCAGCUCGAAGUGCGAGGUUGCGCGGUACACCUUCGACAGGGUCCGAGAGGGCGUUUUCAAGAAGGAGGACAAGUGGUGCCUCUGGAUAGGGCCGACGACGCUGGACAUCGACAUGGUUGUCUUCACCUUCCUGAUCAUGGAGAAGUGGCGGCGAGACCGCCUCGCGGCCGAAAACCCGAAGGGCAAGAUCGCCGAGGAGGUCUCAGAGGGUGGCUGCGAGAGCGGGGGCAGCUGA